AUGUUCGACUCGAACACGGGCGACUACUUCGCCGUCAAGGGCGUCGACUACUACCCGCGUCCCAAUUCAGGCGAACUCAAUGUCAACAACUACGACUUCUUCUCGGACGAUAACAGUUCCAUCUGGAAAGAUGACAUCGCUUACCUCGCUGAGGCGGGCGUCAACGCUGUUCGUCUGUACGCCGUGGAUCCGUCCAAGUCGCACGACGGCUUCAUGUGCGAGCUGCGCAAAUAUGGCAUGUACGCGCUUGUGGAUCUUGGUGCCAGUUGCGAGAACUGCUCCAUCACCGUGGACGAAUACCCAGCAUGCUACCCGGGUGCGCUCAAGACUCGUGGGCAGCAGAUUAUUACCGAGUUUGCUCAGUACGACAACACGUUGGGCUUUAGCGCUGGUAACGAGAUCAACAACCUUGUCAAGGAUGCCAGCACCAACGCCCCGUGUCAGAAGAAGUUCAUUCGCGACAUGCGCGCCUUCAUCGGUGGCUGCUCGUCCACCAUGCGUAGCAUCCCCGUGGGUGUCGUGAUGGCCGACCCGGACACCACAAACAAUAACCGCGAGCUCAACGCCCAGUACUACAACUGCCGCACAGAAUCGAGCGAUAAAUACGAGAACGCCGAAUGGUAUGGCCUCAACACGGACCAGUACUGCGACGGCGACGUGACGGAGCUCGCCGACGCUGACGGGUUCUCACAGUUGCUGACGGAUUUCUCAAACUACAGCAUGUCUAUUCCAGUAAUGCUGACAGAGUACGGCUGUGUGAACCCGAGCUUUCCUACUGUCGGUAAGUACGAGGCGCAGCGCACGUGGCGACAGGCCGGCUGGUUGCUAGGUGAAAAAUGGCCAACUCGGACGGCUCGGGUUCGACCACGUCGUCGUAUCCAUUCACAACCUACGGCGCGCAAACUAUGGUCUGGGCUACUACUCGCCCGAGGAAUGCGACUGGAUUGA